GAUACAAGUCUCAUAUCGUCGCUAUUCACAUAUUGUAUAUCACCCAUACGUGCAUGUCCACGUGUCUAGAUUCAUCUAGCAGGUGAUCUCCCCUCAAACUACUCCUCUCCUCGAGCCUCAACUUUCCCAUCUAAAGAACUUCCUGAAUCACCAUAUUACGCCAGUCUUCAACCGACUUCUCCAUCCCCAUCGAAUCUUACGGACGCUGGCGCAGUUCCACUACCUUUCAUCUCGGUCUGCUUGGGCUCCCUUUGGACAAACAUCCUGAACAUUCUACACUUCCGCACCUAUUCAAUAUGUUACUCAGACUGUCAAUCACGGUCUGCUACCUUGUUACAACCGCUAUCUCAUCACCAAUCCAAAUUAGAAUAAAACAUCAAACAUCGCUUGUAGAUCUAGGAUAUGCUCAAUAUCAAGGUACCCUAUUAAGCUCAGGAAUCACUCAAUACCUAGGAAUGCGAUAUGCAUCUCCUCCUGUUGAUGAUUUAAGAUUCCGCGCUCCUCAGCCACCUCAAAGCUUGAAUGGUGUUCAAAACGCUCAAACGUUUGGACCGAUUUGUCUCGCUACAAAUAAUGGUCCCACCUCCUCACAAUCGGAGGAUUGUCUUUUCGUUAAUGUGUGGGCACCGAGUACUGCUACACCGGCCUCCAAACUUCCAGUAUGGGUUUUUAUACAAGGAGGUGGAUAUAUCUCUAAUUCCAAUGCCAACUUUAAUGGCUCGACAGUAGUCAACACAUCGAAUAAUGAGAUUGUCUUUGUCAAUUUUAACUAUAGAGUUGGAUCAUUUGGAUUUUUGACAAGCGAGAAAGUGAGAGAGAAUGGUGAUUUAAAUGUCGGACUUCUUGAUCAACGAUUUUUGCUACAUUGGGUUCGAGAUCAUAUUGCUCAGUUUGGUGGUAAUCCGGAUCAUGUGGUAAUUCAUGGAGAUUCUGCCGGUGGUGGUUCUGUCGCGCUUCAUCUUACUGCGUAUGGAGGCAGAAAUGAUAACCUCUUCAUCGGUGCAAUUGGCGAAUCCCCUUUCUUUCCCACACAACCCCUCGUACCAGAAUUAGAAUGGCAAUUUGAUCGUUACGCGAAUUCCGCUGGUUGCGGAUCAGCAGAUGAUGCACUAGCGUGCUUAAGAACUCAGAGUACAGCGGUUCUUCAAGCGGCUAAUGUUGCGUCUCCAUAUCCUGGACAGAGUGGAAGUCCGAUAUUUUAUUGGACGCCAGCUAUUGAUGGGGAUUUCAUAAGAGAUUAUCCCUAUGUUCUUUUUGAAAAGGGGUUGUCUGUUGAUUUGCCCAUUAUGUUUGGAGACGUGACAAAUGAAGGUUCAGUCUUCGCCCCAAAUGCCGCUUCACCAAACGACAUAUCCACCUUCUUCAAAAACAACUAUCCCGGUCUCACCUCCGCAGAUCUCGACUCCAUCAACACACAAUACCCCCUCACCACGCCCCUCCCAAAUCACAACGCAUAUUUCCCCUCCGCCUCCGCAGCCUAUGGCGAAACAACCUUUGUCUGUCCCGCCCUCUUCAUCUCCACCCACCUCGCCACCUUCAACUCCGCAACCCAAGUCUGGUUCUACCGCUACAACGUCCAAGACGCCGAAAACAUCUCCAACGGUCUCGGCGUCCCACACGUCUUCGAACUCCCCGCCAUUUUCGGACCCGGGAAUACGCAGACCGGAGAUGGAGGCAGUUAUCUGAGUUACAAUCGACAGGUUGUGGAGGUCACGAUGAAGUAUUGGAUUGGGUUUGUGAGGGAGCUGGAUCCAAAUCGGGGGAAGGAGGAGGGGGCGCCGCAUUGGGAAAAUUUGGGCAAGGCGAGUGCAGCCGGGGGGAAGCUGAGGAGGAUGAAGAUCGAAACUAAUGUAACUGCGAUGGAGGAGAUUGACGGGGGGUUGGUUGCGAGGUGUAAUUUUUGGAGGGGGUUGGCGGGGAGGAUGGAACAGUAGUCUGAUAUGGGGUUUGGGGUUGAAUUUUUGAUCAUUUCACAUAGGCAUUGGGGUAUUGGGGCAGAGAGAUGAUUUAACGAUGACUUUACAAUGGGUUUCGGUAUUCGGAUGGGUUUGAUUGCUCAUCUCAUCUCAUCUGAUUCAGAGAUGGAAUGAGGAACGCUAGUGCUACAUGGAAAUAGGAUUAGGAAUUCGGUGGUUUUUACACGGACGUUGCGUUGGAUUGGAGUUCUUUCGUGAAUUAGGAAUAUCGCCACA